CCAAAGAAGUCGCAACGGUCACACUUUGCCCUCCAUUUUCCCUCCUCUCUGCUCUAUCUCUUCUUCCCUACCAAUAAUUUUGCAUCACUCAGAAUCCCUAAUUGCGAUUGAGUUUUUGAUUCAUCCCUUUCGCGAAUCACUACUCUGUCAUCAUCUCCGAUGGAGUCGAAGAACGCUAAACCCAAGACUCUACCGAUGGAUCCGAUCAGAUUUCAAUCGGAUGCUCAAGUUGUUCCAGUCUCAUCGGAGAACUCGAACCCUAACGUCUCGCGCGCGAGGAUCUCCGGGUCUGCGUCCUCGAAGUCGAGUGAAUCUGCGGAGAAGGUUACGAGAUCGAAGCUUAAUCCUAGCCAGGCGGCGUUUUCGCCACGGAAUCGAAUCAGAGAGAGGAGAUUCGUGGUCGUGAAGAAGAAGAAGAAUACGAAGGAGGAUUCAGCGUCUGUGGUCGCACGAGUGAACUGUAAGUGUGGAGCUAAGAACAUGAAGAAAUGCGUUUGUGUUGCAUAUGAAACUCUCCGUGCUUCGCAUGAAGAGUUCUUCAAAAAGCGAGGAGAUUCGGAGGUCUCCAGCCAGAAUGUGGAGGAAGAAGAUGAAAUUGAUGUUUGUUCGAUGAAGAGGAGAAGAGAAAAAGUGCUUGAGGAAGCUAGAAGGAGCCUCCCUGAAUAUGGUAAAGUGAUGCAUCUCGUUAAGGCAUUUGAGAAGCUUACUUGCUUCCCUUUUGCAAAGGCAAAAGAAGGCAACGAAAAGGAGGAUAAGAAGAUUAAGAAAGCUCUGAAAUGGGAGUUGCCUGGGAUGAGCGUGCAGCAGCAAAAGUGUCCAGAGGAAGCUGAGACGGACCAAGUCACAUGGAGUUCCUCGUUUUCACCAUCUGAGUUGGUUCUAACAGCUACGAAUCUGGGACUAGAACAACAACCUCACGCCUCUGUUUCUUUACCAUGGGACAACAACAGUGUUUCAAGCCUUAUUUCAAAUGGUGGGAGGAGGAGCAGACGAAAUAGCUUGGACUCCUCUGCUUCAAUGGGUAGUAGAAUAUCAAAGAAGAAGCAGGUCAAAGUCACUUCUUUGAAGCCAUUCAAACUUAGAACUGAGGAACGUGGACGAAUGAAAGAAGAAGAGUUAGCAAAGAAGAUACAAGAGAUGACGAUGGAAAACGAAAAAAUGAGAAUCCCAAUAGCUCAAGGUCUUCCCUGGACAACUGAUGAGCCUGAGAGUCUGGUUAAGCCUCAUGUGAAAGGUAUCACAACACCAGUAGACUUGAAGCUCCACUCAGACAUUCGAGCAAUGGAGCGUGCAGAGUUUGACUACCAGGUUGCUGAGAAAAUGAGUCUAAUUGAGCAAUACAAAGCAGAAAGAAAAGAGCAACAAUUGGUAGCAGAAGAAGAAGAGUUAAGAAGGUUGAGGAAAGAAUUGAUCCCAAAGGCACAACCAAUGCCAUACUUUGAUCGACCAUUCAUCCCUAGAAGGUCGAGCAAGCACCCGACGAUACCUCGAGAUCCCAAGUUUCACAAAACGCAACACAAGAGAUGCUGCAGUACAUCUUCUUGGAGUGAAACAGGAUCUUACAUGAGCGAUAUCUUUUACCAGCAAGACCUUUGAAAACGCUUUGCCUUCCAUUUGCACAUUUCUUCACUAUCUUUUUUUCUUGUUGCUGUCCUUGUCCAUAUUAUCAUCAUAAAUUGCCAAACAAAAAUGUUUCCAUUUGAAGAGGCCAUUUAUGAGUUGCAACUUGCAUGCGUUUGUUUCCUCGUUCAUUAUCAAUCUUUUGUUAUCAUCAGAGUAAAGAGCAAGUAAUUCCCAGAUACUCAGCUUCAUCCUGU